CGCCUGUCCAUUUCUGACUGCAGACGACGUCCAACUCCUAUCAUGUCCGAAGUCCACCAGCACGACUACGCAGAGCUUCUAGAUUUCGCAUAUGACCUCGCCGAACGGGCUGCCAAGCUCAUCUUGGAUGGUGCCACGGCGCGGUGGAAACAGGCCGAAGAUGAGUACGAGGUCAAGAAGAACCCCGUCGACCUUGUGACAGAAACCGACCAGGCCGUCGAGGAGUUCAUCAAGGGUGCAAUCGCCGAGCGCUACCCCGAGCACAAGUUCAUAGGGGAGGAGUCAAGCGAGGGCAAAGCUAAGCCCGUCCUUACAGACGCAUAUACAUGGAUUGUGGACCCGAUCGACGGGACGAUGAACUUCAUCCAUGCCAACCCCAACGUCGGAUGCUCAAUUGGAGUGACGCACAACUCGCGCCCUGUGGUGGGCGUGAUUGCACUGCCCUUCCUCGGGCGCAUAUAUUCAGCCCACGAAGGAGGCGGCGCAUUCAUGAACCGCACGAUCCCCCUUCCGCUGACAGGCGGGAUCCCGCAGCCGCUUACCCAGCUGAGCCAUUGCAUGAUCGGAGCAGAGUGUGCGUCCAGCCAUGGCUGGAGAGACCUGAUGAAAGGGGGCUCGGACCGCAGGCCGGAAACGAUUGAUGUCAAGCUGCCCAACUUCCGGCGGCUGAACGGGGAUCCAAACAAAGGGAUCUCGGACGGGGUCAUGGUGCACGCCUUAAGGACUACUGGCGCCACGACCAUUAAUCUCGCGCACGUGGCUGCUGGCGAGCUUGACAUGAGCUGGGAUGCUGGGUGCUGGGCUUGGGACGUAACGGCCGCCGCCAUUAUUCUCAAGGAGGCCGGCGCUUUCCUUCAAGGUGGCAAGGAAGAAUUUGCACGCGAUGCGCCUAUCGGUGAGGUGCUCAUGUGCCGACGAUAUGUCGCUGUGCGUGCUGUUGCGCCUAGCAGAACGGAGAGCGCGGAAGAGAUUCAGCGCCGCCUCUCGCGCGAACUGUACGCCGUCGUAGACGAGUGGACGACGCCCAGCAUGCUGUAGUAGAAUACAUGGUCUCUCAAUCCAGUCUACAGGAAGUCGGCCGCCGCCUUGCG